AUGGCACUUCAUAGCGCUGCGGCCCUACUGCUAGCUAGCGCCAAUGCUCUCACUUCGGCUACCAAUCCGUUGACCUCCAAGGCCGGACAGGUCGGCAUAAUUCCUGCCUGGGACUUCCAAUCAUCCUCCUCUGUGAGCAAAGACCUUGCCUCGCUGUCUAAGCCUGGUGUCGACACUUCGUCAUGGAACCAUGUCAAUGAUUCCCGUUGCACUAUUUUGGGGGGUAUGAUUGAGUCAGGCGCGUAUAAAGAUGAUGAGUUAUGGUUCUCGGAUAACCUUUACAAGAUCAAUUGGGGCCAAUUCCGCGUCCCCUGGGUCUACAGAAACGAGUUUUCGCUCACUCCCAAUCAAGGGCAGCAUUAUUUCCUCCAGACCAACGGCAUCACCUCGCGGGCCGACAUCUUCCUCAAUGGAGAGAAAAUUGCAGAUAAAGAGGAACAGGCGGGCUCUUUUGGUGGCCACACCUACGAUAUCACUGGCCAUGCAGGCAACGAGAAUGCCCUUGCUGUCAAUGUGUACCCCUCAGACUUCAAUCUCGACCUCAUUUAUACUUUUGUUGACUGGAGCCCCCGUGCGCCUGACAAUGGCAGCGGUAUCUGGAGAGAAAUCACCGUGAAGCAGACUGGGCCUGUGGCACUGGGACCCAUGAGCGUGUCCAUCGAUAUCGAGAGUCCAGUCGAGUCCAACCCUGCCAAGGUGACUGUCCGUGCAAAAGUACAGAAUCUCGAGGACCACGAGCUUCAAGUGGAUGCCUCUUCCGUUAUUGCCGAAUCGUCUGGUUGCAAAGUCGGGUCUCAGAAGACAUCUCUUAUGCUGGGACCCAAGGAGACCAAGCUCGUCGAGAUUUCUCUUCAUGUCAAGAAGCCGAAGAUAUGGUGGCCCAAGUUCUGGGGUGGCCAGCCCUUGUACAAGGCCCGGCUUGCAUUGCAUGUUGCCAACGAGCUGUCCGACGUUGCAGAGGAAACAUUUGGCAUUCGAACCGUUACAUCAGCACUCAACAGCCACAACGACACCAUGUUCACGGUCAACGGCUAUCCGUUCCAGGUUCUUGGUGCUGGAUAUAGCCCAGACAUGUUCUUCCGCUGGGACGCCACGCGAUGGGCCAACAUCAUGAAAUACUCGCACGACAUGGGUCUCAAUACUAUUCGUCUAGAAGGCAUGAUGGAACACCCAGAGCUGUACCGAAUGGCCGAUGAAGCUGGCAUGAUGAUUAUUGCCGGGUUUGUCUGCUGUUCCAAGUGGGAGGCCUGGAGUUACAACCAGGACAUCAACCCCAACGUUCCUUGGACCGACAACGACUACGAGACUGCAAAUGCUACCAUGCGACACGAAGCUGCCAUGAUGCAGCCGCACCCCAGUGUACUUGGAUUCUUGAUUGGCAGUGACUUCUGGCCCAAUGACCGCGCCACCAAGAUUUACGUUGAUGCCCUCAAGGAUGCUUACUGGCAGACGCCUUUCAUUGCAUCCGCAUCCAAGCGCGGCUACCCAGCUCUUCUUGGUCCCUCGGGAAUGAAAAUGAGCGGACCCUACGACUGGGUGCCACCCAACUACUGGUACGACACGGAGUCAUCUGAGGACCGUCUCGGGGCCGCAUUUGGAUUUGGCUCUGAGCUUGGCGCCGGGGUAGGAACCCCCGAAGUCAGCAGCCUCAGGAAGUUUCUGACCCAGAGCGAGAUGGAGGACCUCUGGAAGAAGCCCGAUGCCAACUUCUUUCACAUGUCAACGAAUACGUCGACAUUCUACAACCGCAAGAUCUACAACCAAGGUUUGUUUAAGCGUUAUGGCGCCCCCACAUCUUUGGAAGACUACAUAUUCAAAGCCCAGCUCAUGGACUACGAGGCUAUUCGCGCACAGCACGAGGGCUACUCUGCUCGAUGGAGCCAGGUCCGCCCGGCCACGGGCACCAUCUACUGGAUGCUGAACAAUGCCUGGCCCAGCUUGCAUUGGAACCAGUUCGACCACUACCUGCACCCAGCCGGCUCGUACUUUGGCACCAAGGUUGGUUCUCGACUGGAACACGUUGCAUACGACUAUGUCCGCGAGGAGGCGUGGAUCAUCAACCACAGCCUCGACAAAAAGGGAACGCGCAACAUUGCUACUGAACUGAUUGGACUGGAUGGAAAGUCAAUCUCCAAGGAUUCCGUCACUGUCGACAGCGUCCCCAACAAGUCCAGCAAGGUCGCCAAAAUAUCCGGCCUAAACAAUAUGACGGACGUUGGCCUGCUGCGUCUUGUUUUGUCCGACGAACAGGGCCAAGCUCUCAGCCGAAAUGUAUACUGGCUCACAAAAUCUGUAGAUGUGCUCGACUGGCCCAACGCAACGUGGUACCACACCCCCGUGACCAAGUUCUCCGACUACAGCGCCCUGAGUGGGAUGGAGACGGCCGAACUUUCCGUCACGGCGUCCAGGAAUGACGGUGCUCACUCCAUCGUCCUCGAGAACAAGUCUGACGUUCCUGCAUUCUUUAUCCGCCUGAACCUUGUUGACAAGGCCGGCGAGGACGUCAACCCCGCCAUCUGGUCGGACAACUACGUCACGUUGUGGCCAAGAGAGAAGUUGGCACUCACCGUGAGUGGAGAUGGGCGAGAGGCCAAGGUACUCGUGAAUGCAGGCAACGUCCAGGCUUUGGAAGUAGCGUUGUAA